UAUCGAUCGGUUAUCUGUGUCAGUGUAGUGUAUACUUGAUUAGAACGUAGCUGGGAAUCUAGCGGAGAAGUUACAGUGAUUAGCUCGUGGACUCGCGCGGACCUCAGAGAAGUAAGGCACGAGCGAGCAAGGAGACUACCUUGUACACGGACGUCAGAGAAGACAGGCGGAGACUUCAGUGUGGACUAACAAGUGCCUCACUUUUCUGUGUCACGUUCGGGAUUCCGUUUCGCUUGAAAAUUUAGCCAUGGCAAGUUUGCAGCUUUCAGAUUUUCAGAAGAGGAAAAUAAUUAGUGUCUUCAACACCCUGUAUGACACUAACAAAGAUGGCGUCAUCGAGAAAGAAGACUUCGAACAGGCUAUAAACAACAUCUGUAAGAUCCACGGCUGGCCUAAAGGAGGUGACAAUUAUAAUGAGGCUCAGGAAACGCUGUCCAUGAUAUGGGAGGGACUUAAAGGUAUCGCUGAUGAAAACAAGGAUGGUAAGGUGACGCAAGAGGAGUGGGUACAAAUGUGGUCCGCCUGCGUUAGAGACGUCAGCUCGGGGAAAGGCUUUCCUCACUGGCAGAAGAAGUACAUGGAAUUCAUGUUCAGAGUCAAUGACACGUCAGGCGACAACUACAUCGACAAGACGGAGUACACGACGAUAUACAUGUCCUUCGGUAUCGACAGAGAUGAAUGCGAAUCUGCGUUUGAUCAUCUAGCUGACGGAACCGACGGAAGAAUUUCCAAGGAGGAUUUCGAGAACUUAUGGCGAGAGUAUUUCGUUUCUGACGACACGAGUGCCAGAGGAAACUACUUGUUCGGUCGUCCACCAUUUUGAAUGUAGUCCCGGAAGCGGAUGUUAUGUUUUCGUGCAUGCGCAUGAGCAGGAAGACGGAUACAUUCGGUAACGGCGGAUUCAGUUUGGGCCUGUUUGGUUUACUUGGAGUUCGACGGCGGAGCACAGCUGGAAUCAUUCCAGAUCAUAUAAGGUCGAUUGAAAAGGGACAAAUCCCGCAUAAUUGCACGAAAGUCAAGCGUAUGCUAUUGGUCUGGCUCAAAGUCCCACUUUGUAACUUUUAUAUGUAAUAUUCUUAUGAUUAUAUCGUGUAGCACCUGUUUUAUACAAUCCUUUUGUUACUUCUCGUUGUAAUAUUUUGCUAGCAUAAAUAAAAAUAGAAGGUAGUGCCAAUAGUAACGCACAUUAGAUGGUUUGGUAUUAGGAACGAGUAAAACUGCAAGAAAAGAACGGUAAAGAAAGAUGUUUAUUUACCUUAUAUUGCAUGGACAUUUGUUUAUAAAUAACACAAGAGACGUUAUCGAUGACCCCUUAACUGCGCCCCUAAAAUUGAAAAUUGAAAUCGCUUUAAUACACCUUAAAAGAGGAUAACAGAAAAUAGAUUAAAUAACCAAAUUACCUUAAUUUUGGUAAGGACAUAUAAUUAUACAUUAAUCAACGGUUUGAAAUAUACGCACAUCUAGGUGAUGGAAUUCAUUGUUGAAUAAGUAAUGAGUGUGAUUAAAGAUAUCAUUGAACUUUGGUUCACAGUUUGAAUAUAAAAGCUUAAUUUUAUGUUAACUGUUUUUAAUGAUUUUUUGUUAUGUUAUUUUUUUUUCAAAGCUAUGUACUUAAAGAAACAUUAAAUUCUAUGUAUAUUGGAUAUCCGUAACAUUGAAACCCUUAUAAUCCGGAUGGUACUGUUUCACGCUGAAUCAUGUCCAUGAGAAAUCAUAAUGAGUAUAUAUUAACAGUCACACACCGUUGUGUCGAACUUUGAUGUGUCGAACUUAUGGUUGUCUCGAAGUAAAAGCUUGGUCCCUGCGUAUUUAUUCUUUACUCACCAUUUACGAUUGUGUCGAACCUCGGGUAACUCGAAGUAUUUUCAACUUCGACACAACGGUGUUUGUCUAUUUAAACUGACGUCCGGUAGGAGUAUCCGGAUUAAACGGAAUCCGGAUUCUCAGGGUUUCACCUUGUAUUUCCAUGUUAUUGAUAGCUUGCAUUGCGUUGCUUUCAUUCUCAUACAAGCAUGAAGGCUAGCUUAUUGAAUUAUAUUAUUGCUUUUUCUUUACAAAUCAUUUCAACAAAUACUCGGAGGUGAUAAUCUUUGCCUCUUAUAAUUUUUCUGUUUCCAAUGCAUCAGCGUUACACAAAUCGUCAAAUCAGCUGGAAGCGAAUCUGUGUAUUCUUGUGCCUUUGAACAAUGUCAAUCCCAUAUGUUAUCCGUUUUUGUUAACUCUCUUCGUCUUUUGUUUCUGUCUCGGGUAAAAAUAUCUUUUUUAAGUUCAAUUUUGAAAAAGUGAAAAUAAAUUAUUAUGGAAGGUUGACGUUGAGUCCCCUCCCUCUACGACAGCCCUUUGUCCCCGACUUGGAAACUCUUGACAACCUCACUGUGUGCCAUUUUACCCAUGGAUAUGUGAUCACAGCUGGAUAUAACCGAUUCUACAAACCUUGCCUUUAUAACCAGUUAUACGCCCAUGUUGUUAAAAUGUUGUUUUGCUUCGUCAGGACAGGGAAGUUUAACAUCGAUACCGACUAGUGUUAAAGGAGCCUUCGCUCAUUUUGGAUAGCAGUCCUGGCCCCCGUUUCUCAGAGCUACGCAUCUGUACUUUAACAUAGACUUACUUUAGUUGUAGCGCUAGGGUGACUCUGGGAACAGGAGUCCAGACUAAUUAACUUCAAGUCUUUUAAUCAUUUGUUUGUCGGUUGUCAUUUGACGUUGAUGAAUCUGAAUAGUUAUUGAUUAUAUACAUCCACUGGCUCACAUUCACAAAAGGCGCAAAUUACAAGGUCUAGACCAUUUGGGGACACGAGUAACAGACAAGAUUAGAAAUCGAAAAGUAUUAAAAUACUAGGAUUAAGAUUCAACUAGAAUACCAACAUAAAUUUAAAGAAAAUAUAAAACGUGAACGCCAGGGGAUAAUUAGUCUCUGUCGAAACAGACACCCCAACCCAACACCCACCCACCCCCA